GUUCCAUUCGCGCCGAAGCCAAUUGAACCCACGACAUGGGGGUACACCCGAAGCGGGUGUAACCGUAGCGUGCGUAUUCUAAUUGAUGGGAAAGCUGUAUACCGUUCUGGUGGCUAUAACGAUCGUAUCAGGGUAUAGAAUGUACGACGAAGGUUCACCUCACGCGGUAGCUUGACCAGGGGCUAAACUCUGCGGAGGUUCGUCGGUCAGAGCCCCAGGAAUAACGAAGUUGCGGAGUGUCGGGUGUGGACUGUGGAUUGUAGAGGAAACGAGCCAUUGCGCCAUCAGGAAGUAACUUGUACAUGUACUCGGACGCGAUCAAACCGCGAUUACGUGUAACACACGCGACCGGACGAACGUAGGAGCUCAACACCGUUGCAAAGCUCUCGCCCUCCCCUGGUAGCCGCAGGCUUCUUCUCCGCUCUACCGCUGAGAUACUCCCAGCAAAUGCGCCAAUGAGGUUUACGCACGCGUGGUGCUGAGCUGGGGAACGGACAAGGGUAUGCAAAAUGCACACGGAUGCACUACACCCGGUGACGAAAUUUUGCAGCUCGCGGGGAUCUCGUGGAGCCGUUGAGAGUAGACAUCGGACGUAUCCAUUAUCUGUUCUCUACGAUCGAACAGCUCGAACCUAAUAAUUUUUCAAUGCUCGUAGAAUACGCGGCGUGGAUGUGGUAGACGUCGCCAGGAUCUCAGGCGAUGACGAUGCGAGCGGACGACCGACCGACCGACCGACCGAUCCUCCCGGUUGGGAUGACGAAAGGGGCUGGAGGGCCCGAUCAGAGUCGCUCGACGUCUCCCGUAACUAACGAUAAAAGGGAAAAGGUGAGGUCAAAAAUUUACCAAGUAGAAGCCAUGGAUCACCUGACACGAGAGACGUUUACUGCACCCUGUCCCUUGAUCAAGAGGAAAUAUUCCGUACCACCACCAUGGAGAGAACACUCACCCCUUUUUUCGGAGAGGAAUUCCAGUUCGAAGUACCCCGAAAAUUCCGAUAUCUCAGUAUAUAUGUUUAUGACAGAGACCGUCAUUUGAAACAAGAUAAAAUACUAGGAAAAGUUGCAAUAAAACGGGAGGAAUUAGCAACCUACCACAACAAAGAACAUUGGUUUCCUCUCAGGCCCGUUGACGCAGACUCGGAAGUACAGGGAAAAGCACACCUUGAGCUUGCCUUGCAGCCGCAAGUUGGGCACGCACAGCCCAAAUUGACCGUCAAAGUCAUAGAGUGUAGUGAAUUAACAAUCAAGAACGGCGGCUGUGACCCAUUUGCAGUAGUCACGGUCACUUACAGUAAUGGCAAGCAUAUAUCCAAGCGUACCAAAAUUAAGAAGAAGACGGUGUCCCCGCGGUUCAAUGAGAUCUUUGUGUUUGAGCCUGAGUUGACGGAAUCAAAAGACAAAGAUGUUUCGCAUUACUCAAUUGACGGAGGGGAAAUCGAAGAAAUCAUUGUCGGCGUUUGGCACGACUCUCCUGGUAUGGGAGAACAACCAGCCUUUCUGGGGGAAGUUCGAGUUCUACUCCGAGGUCUACAAACUCAACCUGUCAGCCCAAUGACUGCUUGGUAUUUCUUACAACCUAGAUCGGCUAAACAUAGAGACAGCAAGAUUUCUGGUACUUCAACUCCACCAAGUUCGAUACCUUGCAUAGGAUCGUUGCGUCUAAAGAUCCACUAUACCGCGGACCACGUGUUCCCUUCAAAAAUGUAUGAGAAACUCGAGAGUCUGCUGUUGCAGAGUGUUUCCGUCCAUCCAAUAACAUCCUCCGCUGUCUACAUCCUUGGUGAAAUCGUCGCCAGUAAAAUGGAAGCUGCCCAACCACUCGUUCGGAUACUCGUACAUCACGAGCAACUCGUUUCAGUCCUGAGAACACUAGCCAACUACGAAAUUUCCAAGCUGACAGAUCCUACUACUAUUUUUCGGGGCAAUACUCUGGUUAGCAAAAUGAUGGAUGAGGGUAUGCGCUUAGCCGGACUUCACUAUUUACACUGUACGCUUCGACCUGCUAUGGAACAAGUUUUUCUAGAAAGGAAACCGUGCGAGAUAGACCCAACUAGAGUAAAGGAUGCCAAUACCAUUCAAGCAAAUUUGGCGAAUCUUAAAGAGUAUGUUCGACGGGUGUUUAUGGCAAUUACAACAUCGGGUGUUCGUUGUCCACCAUUGAUGUGCGAAAUGUUUUGGAGCCUGCGAGAACUGGCUGCUAGACAUUUCCCAUUUAACAAAGAAGUGAGAUACUCGGUUAUCAGUGGAUUCAUAUUUCUCAGGUUCUUUGCACCCGCGAUUCUGGGACCGCGUUUGUUUGAUAUCACCACUGAGCAGAUUGAUUCUCAAACUAACAGAACGCUAACAUUGAUAUCUAAAACAAUUCAGAGCUUGGGAAAUUUAGUUAGCUGCAGAGGCGGGACGGGUAGCGUGUGUAAAGAGGAAUACAUGGAGUGUGUAUACAGGGAAUUCUAUACGGAACAGCAUAUUCAAGCUGUUAAACAGUUCUUGGAACUUAUAUCUACUGGUAGCAGCAGUGGAACGAUCAAACAGCGACCCGCUCCACUGCAGGAGCAACCGGUGGUACUAAAAGAAGGACACUAUUUUCUGUUUCUGCCCACUGUCGACUGUGGCAAGAGAGUUAUGAUCAAAAGAGCUCAAGGUCGAAAACGAUUUGGGAGGAAAAACUUCAAACAGAGAUACUUCAGACUUACUACUCAAGACCUGUCUUAUUCAAAGUCUAGAGGAAAGGAACCAUUGUGUAAAAUACCACUGAGAGAGAUUUUGGCGGUGGAAAGGCUACACGAAGAUUCGUUUAAAAUGAAAAAUAUGUUUCAAAUUGUUCAACGACAAAGGGCCUUGUAUGUCCAGGCGAGCAAUUGCGUUGAGGAGAAGGAGUGGAUCGAUAUUUUGACCAAGAUUUGCCAAACGAAUAGCAACAGACUAGAAAAAUAUCAUCCUAGUGCUUACAUUAAUGGCCACUGGCUUUGUUGUCGGGCGGCAUUAGACAAUGCUCCGGGAUGCAGCGAAGUAUCUCCUGGUAUCGAAGCUGGCUUGAAGAUGUCUCUAGAUCCGGACAGAGAUUUGCAACGGAUUCAUUCUCUGAUUUUUACGAAUAUGCCAAGAUUGGAAACCUUGAUUAGUGCCUGUGAAUGCCAAGCCGUUUACGGCGCUAAUAAACUAUGCAUGUUACCAGGUGGUGGACCCCCAAUUGAGGAUGUCCCGUCAUGCUUUAAGACUCUAACCUCCCUCCGAGAAACUUCUUUUGCUCUGCAGCAGGAACACAGAGCUUACUCGAGAAAACUUGCCCGGGAAACUAAAUAUGGAAGCAAGCAAGCCCCGAUCGGGGAUGAUAACUACCUGCACCUUGCCGCGAGCGCGGGUUUUGACGGAGCUCUUGCGAAGCGAGUGUACGAAUCGGAUAGUCCCAUAAUACACCGAGGAGAUGUGGAGCGUCGUUACGAAGAAGAGGAAGCGUCAAAGAGGGUGGAGGAUCGUAGACACGAAGAUCCGCGGCGGAAGUGUUUUGAGUCAGAUUUUUCGAAUCGUCGAUACGAAAAUGACCAUAGUUUGCCAAAGCGAUUUGAAACUAAUACUGCAGAGACUAUGAAGAGUCUUAAAAAUGAUCUGAAGCGAUUCGACAACAGUCUAUUGAAACAUGGAACUCUACGCGUUGAGAAACCUGAGAGAAAUAGGAACGAGAACUUGGAGAGUCAAAGAAAACUGCAGGAUACCUCGAGUCUGUUGAGAACAGAUGGCAUUAAUUUAUCUGGCAGUCUGUCCAGAAAACUCAGGAACUAUGAGAACACUAGGAAAUUAGAUGAACGCACGUUGCCCAGACGUAUUACAGAUGAUGCGUCGGAUAUGUCUUUAAACCCAUGAGUGGCCAGGGAAAUAAUUUACUCAAAAUAAUUAUUUCCAGCCUCCGACAAGGCUUGAUAUUAUAAUCGUGACUAGACUAUUAUAGCAUAUCGGUGUCUAGCUACUUUAUCUAACUAGUAUUCAAGAUAACUGAACAACAUCCACCAAGUCUUCUCUAAAAUUCUCCAGCCAGUAUUCUUACCGUGAAGCAUGCCCACCCAUUUCCUUGGCAUUGACAUUACUAAGACAGCGUGAAUAUCCUUGACAACAAAACCAUGCGACUGCGCUGAAAAUGUUUUGUUGAUUCAGGAACGAUUAGGAUAUCCGGCUAUCAAUGCCGACGUUAGCACUCUACAAAAGAAAUCUCGACUAUUUAUUUAUAUUAUUUAUUCUUGAGUGAAAUUCAACUUUUGGAGGGCACUCACGUGGAGCUAUACGAUUUAGUUCACUGUCCGGCCAGAGUGACGAGAAAAACUUUGGAUGUAAUGGAAUAGAUGACUUGACGGUGGAAUUGAACUGUCUAGAUUCAUUUUUUAGAAUAACUCAUGUCUCGCACACAUAGAUUGGGAAGUCUUGACCGGUUGAUUCUUUUGAUCUUCCAACUUAUUUGCCCAAUUACUAGGUAUAUGACAUUUUCGAACAAAAGGAUGAGAAUAUGAAGUAGAAGAAGAGAAAACGUAACCAAACACGGAAUAAUUCUUAACGUUUGGUUAAUCCACGCUUCUACGGCAUUGCAUAAUGCGUAUCGACAGAAAAUAGUCUAUUAAAUUGGUGACGGCGUAACAUUGUAUGCAAGUAUUCACCUGUUGGUUUCACACUACUUAUGUUCCGUCAUUAUUAGUAGAGUUAUUUUCGUCGAAAACGCACAUUGAAUAAAUUCCGGGCUAUUUUAUUCACGACGAAAUACCGCAAUUUUAAUAGUCAAGUAGAAUAUCGACUCUCGAUCGCCCUGACACAAUUCGAGGAAUGAUAUAUACUAAGAUGUAUGAUAUUGAAUAACGAACGAUCAAGCAAAUUAACGCAAAAUGUAGUUGAACGGUGACUAGUUAUUUACGUACAAACUGUACAGCAAUUUUGAUAAUUGAAUAGUUAUAAAAGUUUAGUUCUCGGACUACUAAUAUCAUAAUAUUGUACAGUGUACAGAAAUCUAAAUAGUUUUUAACACCAAUUGGAUGAAGUUAUUUUUAAGAACUCGUUUUUAAGAUAAAACUAUAGUAAGACAAAUAAGUUAGUUGGAAAUUCACAGAACAAUCAAUGAUCUUAAUAUUUCGGUAAUAGUUUAAUUGAAACCUUGCUUUAUUUUUCUCAGAAUGAAACACGUCUAAUUGUAGCUUCAGAACGUGCCGGGGAAUUUUUCUAUGAAAAUAGAAUCGAGCACAAUUUUUUAAUACAAUAAAAGCAAUACAAUGUAUUCAUUGUAAACCUCAACGAAGUUUCUCAAUAAAUUUAUAGUCUUGUUA